CUUUCCUUCCGUUGCCAUAUCCACUUUGGUGUAUCUCAAGUGACGGUAAGAGAUAAACACAGGUGUUUGAGAGCUCCAUUGAUUACUGUUCAGAGCUUUCAAGUCAUUGAAACCGUCUCUUUGGUCUCAUUGCAUCAUUACUUGUCAUGUCGGCCGGCCUCUCUUCGAACCCGAUUUCGAUUGCCGUAUCUGCGGAUGAAAAGAGCAAUGGUCGUCUUGAGCAGCGCAACCUCGAGAUUGCUACACGUGCAUUAUUCCGUGAUGGACUGAUCGUUCUUGAGGACAUGAUCGAUCACGCUGUGCUGGACCGACUCAACGAAAAGAUGAUCAAAGAUGCCUACGAGCUUCAAAGUCGGAAGGACAGCCCAUACAACUACAACAAAGGCAACAUUCAGCAAGACCCACCCUUGACUUCAGAGUACUUUGAAGACUCCAUCUACAUCAACCCCAUCGUGACUCAAGUCACAUCCACCACCCUCGGCCCUCAUCCCUCCCUUCGCAUUGUCUCCGGCAACACCGCCCUCCCACCUACCACAGACUCACCACCAGCAUCUCAACCCACGCACAACGACGCCGACUUCGACCACCCCUGCAUCCCCUUCGCGCUCGUCACCAACGUGCCUCUCGUGGCUAUGACGCCCGAGAACGGAUCUACGGAGAUCUGGCUCGGCACCCACAGCAACACCACCAUCGUUGACCAGGAAGGCGAGCAUGGGGACAGAGCUAGUGGACGGAUCAAGAAAGAUUUGCUUGAGAAGAGGAGAAAGGAGAGGGGACCGAGUCAGCCAGAGGUGAGGAAGGGAAGUGUGAUUGUAAGGGACUUGAGGUUGUGGCAUGGUGGGAAGCCGAAUUUGGGGGAUGUGCCGAGGGUUAUGCUUGCCAUGAUUCACUUUGCACCUUGGUACAGGAAUCAAAUGGAAGUCGAGUUUGCUGAAGGGCUCCGUGAGAGGCUGACGAGAGAGAAGACUGGCCUGGAGGUUGCAGCAACGUUCGCGACGGACGAAGAGGUGCUGAAGGGCUAUCUGAACAGGCCGUAUGGAAAUACGUACGACUUCAACCAAGUCGAUAGGAUUGAAGGGAUCUUCGGGGAUGUUGCAAGAUGAGCCGGCCGGAGAAUCUUGGAGUGUCGUUUGGUCAAAAUCAGCACCCGCCGCUACACACCGUUGGCAAAACUGGAUGGUGACUGCUUGAUUGAGCCUAGUCUGUGCUUGCAAGGUAGCUUCCUCCAGUAAACUUCCUCCAUCACUCGUACACUCCACCCUAUCACACAGAUUGCAAACCGACAGCUCGCUAACAACCUUUCCUUUACACUAGCAACGUCAAUCUCACAGCAGAGGCAGUAGCGAGUCGUCUUUCGCAUCCAAGGUAAUGUCUAGUCGCAGUCGUAAUUUCAUUGGUGACCGCACCCUUGUAUUAUGAUCAGUCAGCCGCCAUCUGCACGUCAGC